GCCAGCAAUUAAACAUUUUACCACCAGGGUGCAAUAUUUGACACCAUACUCAGUUAUCUGUGAUCUUCCGGUUUGAUUUCAAAAGAAUAAUCAUGAAGAGGUCACGGCGAAGUGUGGCGUGGGACCAUUUUGAUUUAAAAAGCGAAAUAGUUCACUGCAAACAUUGAGAUGCCGUGUAUAAGUACAACACGGCCACGACUCAAAUGAUGUACCACUUAAACAAAGUGCAUCCGUCUCUGGUUAAUGUCGGUGGCGGUGCAUCCUGCUCUCGGUCUCAACCUAGCAUCAAGUCAGCGUUAGCACGGACUCGGAGCUGUGAUGCACAACGAGCAGAGAAAAUUACCCAAGGGAUCUGCAAGUUCCUUGAGAUGGAUAUUCCGCCCUUAAGUGUUGUUGAGGGCAAUGGUUUUCGAGAACUGAUACAUUUAUUGGAACCAGCAUAUCAAAUUCCAUCACGACGCACCAUAACCAGACUGGUAGAAACUCACUACGAAGAACGAAAGCAGCAGCUGUUAAAAGAAUUGAGCAAAGCUGAGAGAGUUGCUCUAACUACAGACUGCUGGACCGCUUUAACAGCUGAGAGCUACAUCACCAUAACCUGCCACUACAUCAGUGAUGACUGGCAAAUGAACACAGCGGUCCUGCUCACAGAAAGCCUGCCAGGCCGGCAUACAGCUGACCACCUCGCUGAGAAAAUGAAUGGAGCUGUAGACCAGUGGGGACUUAAAGGCCGAGUUAUUGCAUGCGUUCAUGACAACGCGGCCAAUAUUGUAGCUGCCAACAGUCCCACCAGAGUGCCCUGGAUUUCCGUUGCCUGCUUUGCACACACCCUCCAGUUGGCCAUAAAUGACGGAUUUGCACUGUAUCUUCAUCGGGUAAUAUCAGCGGCUAGUAAACUCGUUAGCCACUUUAAUCACAGCACUACAGCAACCAAAGCGCUGCAAAAGAAACAGGAGCAAAUGGGCCUCGCAACUCACCGGCUUACCCAGUCGUGUAAAACACGGUGGAACUCCGUGUGCGAGAUGUUUGAUCGGCUGGUGGAGCAGCGGUGGGCUGUUGUUGCUGUGCUGUCGGACCGAACCGUGACCAAGCUUCAAGAUGCCAGGAUCCUGGAGUUGAAGGAUGAGUACUGGCAGCUGAUGGAGGACACACAGCCCGUGCUGUCAGCACUUAAAUGUCCCACCAUGGUUAUGUCUGCAGAGAAAGACGUCUCCAUCUUGAACACUUAUCCCGUCACCUUCGGCCUCAUCAAUAUCCACCUCAUGCGCAAUGAAGGAGACGGGCCCAGACUCAUCGAAUUCAAGACAAAAGUGCGUUCCUCUCUCAUCCAACGAAUGAAUAUUGAGUCUGGUGAGUUUGUGUCAUUCGCCCCCAUGAUCUCAUCAAUGCUGGACCCUCGUCACAAACACCUGGGCUUUCUUACACCAACACAGAGACUGGCUGCUAAUGUGAAACUGGUUGAACUGGGAGAGGCGGUGGGGACCGAUAGGGCGGCUAUCCAACAGGCUGGGGGAGUCGAGGCUGCGUUGUCUGACACGGACGAGGGGAGCGCAAACACUGAAGUCGCGACCUCCCAGUCAUCUGCUAUGGCACAACUCCUUGGGGAUCACUAUACCACUCAAUGCGAGGCUGGCAUCGAAACAGAACUUCAGAACUUUCUGAGGGAGACUUCCCCACCCCUGAAUUGCACACCUAGAAAUUGGUGGAAAGUGAAUGGAAUAAGGUUUCCUAGGCUGGCCAAGUUAGCGUGGCGGUACCUGUGCAUCCCGGCAACGUCAGUCCCCUCAGAGCGGGUGUUUUCGGCGGCUGGACUGACGGUCACCAGGUUGCGGUCGCGUCUGACCUCAGAUCAUGUCAACAUGCUUAUAUUUCUCAACAAAAAUCAGUAAACUGGUGCAGAAGUUGUAUGCGAGUUACUAAAGUUAGUUAUUUUUCACGAGGCUUUAAGUAGCCUAAUUUGUUAAGUAAGCCUAAUUGUUAGGAAGCACUUUCUUCUGGCUUGGAUAGUUUUGAGUUACAUUUUGACAAAACCUGUCAGAUCUAAGUAUUAUUAUGUUUUUUGUUUAAGUUAUUGUUUAACAUGAUUCUUUUGUAUUAUCAUUAUUUUGGAACAAAUGAGGUCUCCGUUUAAGAACGCCGGCUCGCAGCCGCAGGUUCCGCUGCUUCAGAGCACCGCAUAUGCACGCGCAUAUAUGUUCAGUUUGCCUGAACGUAGCUAGUUUAACGUAGUCUGCCACAAGUUUAUCUUGUAAUAAAGGUCUCAUCGAGGAAAAACACGCUGUAUUUUUGUAUUCAUUUCAUCUUUGAAUUAUAAAAGUUAAAUAAUUAAUUUUAUUAUAAAAAUAUUAAUGAUUAAUCGAUAGUCGAUCGUUAAUUCUCCCGACGAUCGACUAAGAAAAAUUAAUCGAAUGCCCAUCCCUAUUCUGUAUACUGAGUGAUGAAUCCGCGUCAUAUUGGCGGCAGUGCAGGACCUUCUGUGUCUCACUCAUUUUGGUUUGUGUCAGACAUGCGUAAUGGGAUAUUAAAUUACCCAGCAUCCUCCGCUCCACCUGGACCCGGGCCAUCUGUUCCUGCGCUCUGUAUCUUCUGAUGCAUCGGGUCAUGGAUGUGUGAGUGAACGCUCUGAUAGUCUGCCGAAACCCUGAGCGAGUGUGUUGGACUGUGAUUUGUGGCCCGUUUCAGGAGGAUUGUAAAUAGGACGUGCUGCAGAUGAAGGUCCCUGCAGCCGCUGACAGCUUCACGUGUUUAUUCUCACGCAGAUCUGAAACUAGAAGAAACGAGACGAGCUGCUUUGAUAAAAAUAAGCAUAACUCACCGUUCUUCAUCAUUCCAGUCAACAAAUAUCGAGAUGGCUUUGUGCAAUUAUUAUGUAGAUUUAUUUAAAGAAAUACAUAUAUAAGCUCAGUGCUUUAAUGUUUUUUAAGACAGUCAGUUAUAAAUACAAGUAUUGUAAUUCAACAGUUGUGCUGAAUAGUAAUAAUUCAUUUAAAAAAUGGCAAAUAUCUGAUAUAUCUUUCGAUUGCAGUGUAUACUAUGCAGUAAGCACUAUGCAGUGUGCUAGUAUUCCAUUCUAAACAUGACCUCCAGAUCCAUGGAAACAUUCUGUUUGUUUAAUCUGGAGAACCUCUGUGUUUCCUCCACGCAGGUCUCUCCUGACAGAACUCAUUUUAUGAGUGCACUAAGUAGCUAGCGUGUAAAAGUUUACUGGUCUCUUUACGAGCGCCGCUGAUCGUCUCCAGGGCUUUGAACGAAUGUCAAACGCGAGCGCUGGCCUCCAUCAGGCCUCAGAUUGAGUUCCAGAGGCCAAGUCCUGAGAGAAAUGAGCUGCAAGAACAGAUCCGUCUGGAUUUAAAGACGCAGAGGAGUAACUGGAGGCCAGUUUGAGAGCAGACUGCAUGCUGAAGUCAGUGGCUUGUGUUUCUGAUCAGAUGUUUCUGAACCUCGCUUCUCGUAUUUUGUUCUCUACAACCUCCGUACAACCCCAGAUACUGGCAGAACCCACACAGAUAGUCCUGAACACUAACUGAACGAGCC